AUGAAUUAUAAAGAUUUUUUAGAAAUAAGCGGAUAAUUUAGUUUAGGUGGAUUGAUAACAGAAUAAUCACAUCCACAUACAGUAGGAUUAUCUGAAUUAGCAAAAAGUGAUUUAAAAAGUGGAAUUUAAAGAAUGAAAGAUUUAGAUAUGCAUGUAUUUGAUGUAUUGAUGAAUAAAUUGGAUUAAUUGGAAGAAAUGAAUAAGAUGGUUUUAAAUACAUGGUCUAAUGGUAAUAGAGUAUUCAUAUGUGGUUGUGGCUCAACAGGAAGACUAGCAUUAACAUUAGAAACACUAUAUAGAUAAAUUACAAAAUAAACUAAUGUAACAUCCUUUAUGGCAGGUGGAGAUGUAGCUAUAAUAGCAUCAGUAGAAGAUUUUGAAGAUCAUCCUGAAUUUGGAGCAUAAUAAUUAAAUGAAUUAGGAUUUAAAGAAGGAGAUUUAUUAAUAUCAUCUACAGAAGGAGGAGAAACUCCUUGGGUUAUUGGAGCUGUUUAAGAAGCAAGUAAAAUUGGAAAACCAUUUUUUUUAUAUUGUAAUCCAGAUGAAGUAUUAACUGUUUAGAGAAGUCAAGAUGUAUUCAACAAUCCUAAUAUUUAUAAAAUUAAUCUUACUGUUGGACAUUAAGCUAUUACUGGUAGUACUAGAAUGUAAUGUUCAACUGUCUUAACUUAUGCUAUUGGAUUAGCCAUUUUAUGUCAAGAAAACUUUAUUGAUUAUGCUACUAAUUCUAUCAAAAAUGUUAGACAAUAUUAUGAAUCUAUUGAUGCUUUUGAAUUUAUUAGCAAAUUUAUAGAAUUAGAAGCUGAUUGUUAUUUGAAGAAAGAAUAUGUAUUUUAUAGAUCAAAACCUAAUAUUGCUAUCAAUAUCUUAACUGACACAACUGAAAGGUAUAACUUUUUAAUAUUAUUUAGAUGUCCAACUUUUAGUUUACAUCCAUUUGAAAGUAUCUUAGAUAAUCCUAUAAAUCCUAGUUGGUCUUAUUUUGUGAUGGAUGUUGAUCAAGAAGUUUAUAAAAAUUCAUUAGAUGCUUGGGAAUAAUUACUUUAUGGUAGAUAACCUAGGGCUUUAUCAUCAAAUUAUUGGCAUAAGUAUUAACAUAAGGUUGGAUUAGAAAAAUGUAUAUUUAUUAAUAUAUUUUUAAAGUGCUAUCUCAUGAUAUAAGUCAAGAUUAGAUUGAAAGAAGAAUUAAAUAUGCUGGAGGAAAUCACUAUCAAUUUUAAAUAGUCUAUGAUUAAAAUAAUUUAGAAUUAUCAUGGGAAUUUUUAUCACCUAAAUUAGAAAGAAUACACUAUUCUAAAAUCUAAGCCAUUCAGGAUGUUUUAGGAUAAAAUAUUGUUCUUAAAUGUCUUAUAAAUAUUCAUUCAACUUUAUUAAUGGGUAGAAUUGGAAGAUACCAAAGUAAUAUUAUGAUUUAUGUACGCCCAACUAAUAAUAAAUUAAUUGAUAGAGCUAUUAGAUAUGUUCUUUAUUUAUUGAAAUAGAAUAAUAUUCUCAAUGAAAACAUUACCUAUGCAUUAGUUUGUGAAAAUCUUUUUGAAGAAAUUAAGACUCUAGUGUAUGGAGAAUCUAUUGUUUUAAAAACAUUUGAAAGAGUAAAAUAAUUAUUUUCAUUAUGA